AUGGCGGACGAGAGUGGUUCAAAAGAAAAGAAAAUUACAUCUACUGAGAAACCAGUUGUUCCUCGUAAUCCGACCGAAAUACAGAGGAUGAAGUUAGAGAAGCUUUUGAAAGAUCCUGUGAGUUGUAGUUUUUUAAAGUUUCUAUAAUGGUAUUACCGAGUUAAACUGUGAACUCACGUCAUGCUUUGCAGGAUAAAACAGUUUCAAUUCCUGAUCGACCAAAGGAAUGGAAACCAUCAGAUGCACCUGAAUUUAUUCGAUUUGUAAUGGGUAAGGUUUAAUCACUAAUUUUAAAUCUGAUUAUCAGUUUACGUAUCAUGAUCAAUGAUACAAAAAGACUGCAGACAAGUUGUCUUUUCCGUUCUUUGGGAUUUCACACCAAGCUUUCCCCAAGACUGGAACGUGCCGUUUUCUUGCCUUCCUCCUCUAAGGGAGUUGUGUUCUUAUCAAAGUGGUUGGAGGCCAAUGACAUGUAGUUCCUUAGGAGUUUUCCGUAAGUUCCAAACAAAAAAUGAAUGCUUGAGGAUUUCAUUUUUACUCAUUUACUUUAUGAGUUUAAAAUUAAUGUAUUUUUCUCAGGAGGGGUUAGGAAUUAUAAGGUAUUUCUUUAUUUUUAAAAUAUUCAUUGAAAAUCUUCAUAGAUCAUUGAGAUUUUAUUUAGCUACCAACUGAACUUUUUCUGGUAUUUAGCAGUUCUUAAAGGAUCUGCAAGUGUGCUUGGAUUUUUUUUAAUGUUUUAAAAAGUAAGAGAAAGUUGCUCUUUCAUUUUGUCAUGCAAGGUUCAAGUGCUGGGGCUGGUAGUGGAGAAUUUCAUGUUUAUCGUGCAACAAGAAGAAGAGAAUACAAUCGAACAGCAUACAUUGAAAAGAAAGCAGAAGAGGUACAAGAAGACAUUAAUCCUUUACACCCUAACAUCAACAUGCAUAUUCUCCAUACUGUUCUCUACAAAUGUCCUAAGGUGCUGCUAAGGAGAAUUUGUGUAACAAUCUACAGCUUCUUUGGCUGGUGAUCAUUUCCUUUAUUCUUGUGACCUUAAUGUGUGAUUCUGGGGUGAUAUUGUAGAGAAAUUAUGUGUUAGUCACAUUUAGGGGUUAAAGGGUUAAAUAGUUGCAGUUUUUCAUAUUGGUGAAAUAGAUCAAAUUAAUCAAGAAAAUUGCACGUUUCUUAAUUAAUGUGGUUAAUUUUGUUGAAGAUUGUCUUUUCUCUGGUAUGCUGUUUGUCAUCUUAAACUGAUGAUAAUUUCAGCUCGUUUGCAGUGUAUAUUUAGUCCUUGACAGAUGUUAUUAUUUUUAGCAUGAACUUGAUGAAAGUUUUCAUAAAAAGCUUGAAGAAAACCAAAACAAGGCAGAUGAAAAAACAGCAAAGAAAAGAGCCAAGAGGUGAACAGUUCUCCCCUUUCACAGACACACACUUUUAUUUUCUUUAAGAAAACAUAAUUGAUUUCCUGCUUCAAAUAUGAAUAUGCACAUUUUAAUCUUGGUCAACAAAACAGUAGCAAGUAUGACAAUUUGUCUCUUACUGUUAGUAGGCACAACAGCCCCUCAGUCACUUGUAUUUUACUCUAUCUUAACAACAUUUCCUGAUGGAUAUGCAUUCAAUGCUAUAGAAAAAAAAAGUUUUUAGAAACUUAGACCAGCAUUAAAAUUUAAUUAUGUUUAAUCAAUGGGGCUGCUGAGACAAGCUGUGCUUGAUAAGCUUAAGUGCAUCACCAGCCACAGAUAUUUGUGCAUUUUGUUUUCUUACAGGCAAAAAAAGAAACAGAAAAAGUUAAAUGCAAAAAGGAAAAAAGAAGAUGUGAAAGAAAAGGAUGGUAAGUGACUUGAUGGCAAAUUAGUACAGUUGCGGCACUAAAAAGCACAAAAGAGCUGAGUAGAGUGCUUUUUAUCAAUUGUCAUUUCAUUUUUCAGGCCAUGAUUGUAAAAAUCGUGCUAGUAGCAGUGAUGAUGAUGAUGAUGAUGAUCAGGAGGAAGGGAAUGAGCCACACUUUGUUAUAGGAGGAAAGUAA